AUGUUUGUUAGAUCUACACUAUUGAGAACUUCGGCCCCUUUGAAAUACAUGAAUCCAACCUUUAUUAGAUUGUUUCAAACUACCUCAAAGAGAGCCUUCACUAUUCCUUUCUUACCUGUGUUGCCACAAAAACCAGGUGGUGUCAUUGGCACACCAAAUGAUCCGUACAGAGCUCCACCUAUCAAUAAAACAGAAGGCUCCAUCCAUUGGUGGAUCGAAAAAAGUUUUGCCCUGACUUCUGUCCCAUUAGUUACAGCUGCUUUCUUCACUACUGGUCCUUUGGCCACCGUUACAGAUUCUAUACUCGCUGUCUCUUUGUUAGGCUAUUCUUAUCUUGAAUUCCAAUCCUGUAUCGCUGAUUACAUCACUUUAAGAGUCUAUGGGAGAUGGCAUAACUAUGCUAUGUAUCUUUUAAGUGCUGGUUCCCUAUUGUCUUUAUUCGGUAUCUAUAAAUUAGAAACUGAAAAUGAUGGUAUUACUGGUUUAGUUAAACAACUAUGGAAGCUUGAUUCUACAUCCACUCAAGAAUAG